AGUAUUCUUUAUUGUCGUCAGUAAUCUGAAUGUUUGUUUCGAUUUUUCUACCAAAAAUCAGAUGAUUCGGAGUUAUUGGUUAAGAUACUUGAUCACAUAAGUACGUAAUAGGUUUUGAUAACAAGUACGGAUUGAUGGUAUCAUAAGGGAGAGAUAACACGGUAUACACACGGCUAAGAAGAUACUUCAAUAUGUCUAUGAUAGCUACAAAUAUCAAAGAUCUAUUCAAGAUCAAAAUAAAACCACGUCAUGAUAGUUAUUCCGAUCAAUAUAAUCGGAUUCUCAUGGUAAAAAUUCUACUGGCUUGUACUAUUGUGCUUGGUAUUAAUUGGUAUAAAGAUAAAUUUAAUUGUGUCGUGCCAGAUAGCCAAACAAAUUCCAAAGAUUUUACAAAGUUUGUAUCUCAUACAUGCUGGGUGCAGGGUAUGUACGUUUACAGAGAAAUGAUGAACAAGUUUGAUUCUGUUUCAUAUUAUGGUGUCCCGAAAAAAUUGCAGGACAAUGGUUUACGACUUGGAGAAUAUUUAUGCGACGCUGAUAAAAAGCCAACUGGUCCGUAUGCAAAAAAUCCUGCUUACGCUUGUAAAGAAAUGACGAAAACGUUUUUCUUGCAGUACCAGUACAUGCCAUUCUUCAUCUGUGCAUUGGCAUUGUUGUAUUACCUGCCAUACAUGAUUUCAAAGACAGUCAAUCAUGAUCUAAUUAACUUGCGUGAAGCCAUCAAAAAGAAGGAAACAGAUAUUGAUGGUAUUGUCAAGUAUUACUUUAAAGAUCGCAAGCAACGAGGAAAAUGCAGUAAGAUACUGACAGCUAAACAGAUUGCAAAUAUAGGUGUUAAAGUUGCCUACAUCAUUGUCAAUUUCCUUGCCUUUUUUGGAACAAACUCAGUUCUAGAAGGUGAAUUUUAUGGUUACGGUCGCAAAUGGGUGGAUUGGGCUAAAAAGAACAACACUAUGGCUCAUGAUUACAUGGGAUACAAAAAUUUCCCUAAACCUGGUAACGAACUCCUUCCACCGUUUGGUUUGUGUGAAAUUUAUGCUUCGGCACAGGACUUGGUUAAAACUCUUAAUAACAAACACGUGGUUUUGUGCGAAAUCUCUCAACAUGUUUUGUAUCAAUACGUGUUUGUGGUACUUUGGUUUGCUAUGAUAUGCGGCAUCGUUUUCUCCUUUCUUGGACUUUUCUAUCUUCUGUUCAAUUAUGGCAUUGGAUUAAUCGGAAUCAGAAGAUUAGAAUCAAACAGCUCAGCAAAAAAAAUUUUUGAUGCUCUAACAUACAGAGAAGUUGAAUAUCUUGAAUUUAUGCGCAAGAGAAAUCAACUAGUGUACGGAGACGUUUUGGAAAAAUUAAAAGAGAAGAUUCUUGGCUCACCCGCACACAGCAUCGAUUCAAGUUUCGAUAACCCAAAAUCUGAGCCUCCUUGCUAUCCAAUGAGAAGAAAGCCAUCUAACGGACCUUUCGCACUUUAAAUAUUUUGACGAUGAAGUAUGACUUGUGUCCGACUUGUUUUAUCAUUUUAAUAACAUUUUUUUACAGGAGAUUUAAGUGAAUAACGAAAUUGUACAUCAUCUAAAUUUCGCUUUGUAGCUAAGCCUUUUGAAUAAGCUUCAAAUGUUUUUUAUGAAACCUGGCAUCGAACACCAUUUCAUCCGUUAUUGCAGAUUGUAGAUUGGAGGUGAGGUUGCAAAGGUUGUAGAAUAACAGCAAGCUAAGAUAACAACAUAAGGCAAAAUUAUGAUGUUUCAGAGCAAGACAAAUGGCCUGUAGAGGUUGAAAAUGGCUUUCAAAAAGACAAAUUAAAAUAAUGUCGAAAAAAUAUAUUAUACACGCAAAAGUCUUCUCUCAUCUUCUUUGUCAACGCGUAAUAUAAUUUCUGUGAACACCUUUGAUAAUCAAAAACACUGAAAUACUCAGAGUGUUUGUGGAGUGACCCUCUUCUAAUUUGUUUUUUCUGAAAGGUUUCCGUAAAUGAAGUUGAAAGUAAAGUUGUAGAUUAAGAGUUAUAGGAAAAAAAUAGUAGCACUUUUUUGCUUAUGUUAGCGCUUUUACUUUGACGUCAUCAGAAGCUUAAAAUGUGCAAAACAGCUAUGUGUCUUUUUUCAAUAAUUUUUAAAGUUCUGUUUGGUGAUUUUUUGUUAAUAAAUAAUAAAAUCAUUUAAUCUUUUCGAAUAUGAGCCAGCAAAAUCCGAUUUUUCUCUAAAUCUUACAAAACCAGAACAGCUGGCUAGUCACAUGUAAAAAUGAUUCUGCUUGGUGGUAAAUAAUGGUAAUGUAUAUUUUUAAUAUGUAAGCACUUUUGCUGUAACGUCAUCAAUGGAAUGAAAUUUGUACAAAAUCACCAAAACUAUUAUUUCAUAUCUGUUUUUGCUCCACAAAAUAGACACGCAAAGACAAUAAAAAAAAAAGAUGUAAGCAAAUUUUUAGUUUGCAGCGAGCUAGUGUACACAAGGGUUAGUUUGUCAUACAAUGUAAUAAUUAACAUUUGUUAAUAAUUUGGGAUAAUAGUAUGUCAGACACUGGACCAUUCUUAUGGUUGUUUUAUUGUUUUUGGUGUAAGGCAAAGGCACUUAUGGCUAUGGUGUAUUGGUGAAAAUACACCAAGAUAAAUUCGGCUCAGAAAAGUUAGGGUGUGUCGCUGUUAGUCCUUUUAUGAACUCUACGCCCGACGUCUUGACAAAUCCUGAUAAUACCGUGUGCAUGCUCACUGCGUAUAAAACUGGUUUUCGGAAUUGUCAAAAAAUAUAAAUUGCCUUUGUCCUGCAAAAUAUUGGAUUUUUCGUGUCACAUCCAGUUUUAUUAUUUACACCAGUUCUGCUGGUGUAAGCUGCCUAUCUGGCUGGGCUAGAAUUUCUCAGAUGUAUUUUUCCAGUGAAGCUAACUGCUGUUGAAUUCAAAUUGUGCGGCAGAUCGAUCCAGUACUAAUAUUCCGAGGAGUAGCACGUAGACUUCAUAACAGGGCUCAGCACGUAGACUUCAUGACAGGGCGACUUUGGGAACUGUAGUAAGGAGGAGCGUGAAGGAGGAGCGUAAUCUUUGUGAAGUAUCAUAAUCUUUUGUAACUUUUAAACUUGGUUGAAUACAUUUGUUUACAUUACUUUGUAAUUUUUAUAUCAUCUUUUUAUAUCUUCCAAUUUUGUUGUUAAGUUGUAAUGGUAGCUAAUAAUAUAAUAUUUAGAAAGCGAAAGAGACAAUAAAAGAAAUAUAAACACAGAUGUAAAUUGGA